AUGAUCACCUCAUUAGUUAGGUUCAAGAAGGAGAAAAAACGAAGUUGGUCUUGUGGGCACUCUGCAUAUCAUCAUAGUGAAACAAGUCUUUUGGGUACCAUCAUUGGCAUGGCCCAAAACUUUGUGGACACCCAUCACAGAGCACAAUUCGACAACUGCAUCAUUGCAUUGCAUUCCGUGACACACGAAUUCAGAAUCAUGAACGGUCACAUUUAUGUUGAUGCAUUUUCAUUGCUACUGAACUUCCAUUUGUGGUAUAUUUUGACACCCGUUCGUGUGAAUUUCAUUUGGAGAGACGUAAAAGCAAACAAACUCUUCAUUAUCCUCAUUGAUCAAAAUAGAGAAAAAUUGGUAGCAGUUGUUCCACAACAAAUGAUGCGUUUUAUUUAUGGAGGGAAUCUAUUGGGUGGUGUGUUCUCUUUAAACCAUUUCCAAAUCGAACCAACCUAUGCUGAGUAUCCGAGUAUUGUUGGAAAAAUCGUCAAAGGCAAGCGAAAAUAUUCCCGUUACUUUGGUUUAAUGCCGUUAACUUCGUUCACUUUAUAUCUCCAAGACGGCCCGGAGAGUAUAAUAAAGUUGAAACUAUAUGUAACUACACAAACACGCCAUCAGAUUGUGAGGACUUGCUAUGCAAUAAAGAGAAACUAUAUAAUAUUUGUUUCUCGGGUAAAAUUGGUUCAUUUGGAUACAAUGAACAUUUUGAUACCAACCGAAUUAACCGACGUAGAGUUCCAGUCGAGGAUGCCGGAAGCAUUUAACAUCAUGAAUAUGCCUAGAAGAAUUUUUGAUUCCGUGUGACACAUUUAGUGGUGUUUUUUUUUUUUUGAAGUUUUGAGAAUUUUUACGAGUGUGUUUUCUUUUAGAGUUGAUCUACAUUAAUGUUAGACAUAUUGUGGUGAAUUUUUUCAUGUACGG